AUGGACAAUGAAUCUCUGUACUGUGCUACUUGGGGUUGGAUGAGGGAUAGAGUGGGCAGUCCUAUAGCCAUCAAUGGCACUGAACUGGGUCCUCCCCAGGACCCACAGCCUGCUGAGAACAGUGAAACACAAGGCAGGAACAAGACUUGUGCUGCCUGGCCUGUGUGCUGCUCUGGUCUACUGGGGCUCAAGAUGGCUGCAGCCAACCACCCCCUUCUUUAUGCAACUAUUUUUGGAAAUGUUACCACAAUUUUCCAGCAAAUGUAUGCCAACACCAACCGAUACCAUGAGAUGCUGAAUAAUGUUCGGGACUUUCUGAAACUCUAUCAGGUCCCCAAAGGCCUUAGCGAACGAGUCAUGGAUUACAUUGUUUCAACAUGGUCUAUGUCAAAAGGCAUUGACACAGAGAAGGUCCUCUCCAUCUGCCCAAAGGACAUGAGAGCCGAUAUCUGUGUUCAUCUAAACCGGAAGGUUUUUAAUGAACAUCCUGCUUUUCGAUUGGCCAGCGAUGGGUGUCUGCGUGCCUUGGCAGUAGAGUUCCAAACCAUUCACUGCGCUCCAGGGGACCUCAUUUACCACGCUGGAGAAAGUGUGGAUGCCCUCUGCUUUGUGGUGUCGGGAUCCUUGGAAGUCAUCCAGGAUGACGAGGUGGUGGCUAUUUUAGGAAAAGGUGAUGUAUUUGGAGACAUUUUCUGGAAGGAAACCACCCUUGCUCAUGCCUGUGCCAAUGUCCGGGCACUGACGUACUGUGACCUGCACAUCAUCAAGCGAGAAGCCUUGCUCAAAGUCCUCGACUUUUAUACAGCUUUUGCAAAUUCAUUCUCAAGGAAUCUCACUCUCACGUGCAAUCUAAGGAAGCGGAUCAUCUUCCGUAAAAUCAGUGAUGUGAAGAAGGAGGAGGAGGAGCGCCUUAGGCAGAAGAAUGAGGUAACUCUCAGCAUCCCUGUGGAUCACCCAGUCAGAAAACUCUUCCAGAAGUUCAAACAGCAAAAGGAGCUGCGGAAUCAGGGCUCAACACAGAGUGACCCUGAGAGGAAUCAACUGCAGGUAGAAAGCCGUUCCUUGCAGAAUGGAGCCUCCAUCACUGGCACCAGUGUGGUGACUGUGUCACAGAUUACUCCCAUUCAGACAUCUCUGGCCUACGUGAAAGCCAGUGAAUCCCUGAAGCAGAACAACCGUGAUGCCAUGGAACUCAAGCCCAAUGGUGGUGCUGACCCAAAAUGUCUCAAAGUCAACAGCCCAAUAAGAAUGAAAAAUGGGAAUGGCAAAGGGUGGCUGAGACUAAAGAACAAUAUGGGAGCCCAUGAGGAGAAAAAGGAAGACUGGAACAAUGUCACCAAAGCUGAGUCAAUGGGGCUAUUGUCAGAGGACCCCAAGGGCAGUGACUCAGAGAACAGCAUGACCAAGAACCCAUUAAGGAAAACAGAUUCAUGUGACAGUGGGAUUACAAAAAGUGACCUUCGUUUGGAUAAGGCUGGUGAGGCCCGAAGUCCGCUAGAGCACAGUCCCAUUCAGGCUGAUGCUAAGCACCCCUUUUAUCCCAUCCCAGAACAGGCCUUACAAACCACACUGCAGGAAGUCAAACAUGAACUCAAGGAGGACAUCCAGCUGCUGAGCUGCAGAAUGACUGCCCUAGAAAAGCAGGUGGCAGAAAUUUUAAAAAUACUGUCAGAAAAAAAUGUACCCCAGACCUCUUCUCCCAAAUCUCAAAAGCCACUCCAAGUACCUCCCCAAAUACCAUGUCAGGAUAUUUUUAGUGUUUCACGACCAGAGUCACCUGAAUCUGACAAAGAUGAAAUCCACUUUUAAUAUACAUAUAUAUAAACAUAUAUAUUUGUUAAUAUAUUAAAACAGUAUAUACAUCUAUAUACAUAUGUGUAUAUAUAUAGUAUAUACAUAAUAUAUAUAUUUUCACUUGCUUUCAAUAUGAUGAACACAAUAUGGAUUUUGAUAUGUACAUAUUGCAUGUCCAGCUGGAUUCUGGCCUGCCAAAGAAGAUGAUUAUUAAAAACCUAGAUAUUGCUUGUAUAUUAUGCAGUUGACUGCAUGCACACUUUACACUUAUUUAUAAUCUCUAUUCUAUAAUAAAAAGUAUGAUUUUUGUUAACUAAGGCAAUGUAAUAUUUGAAGAAUCAGGGUCCAACCUGCCAAUGUUGCCAUGACAAAUUUGAUCUCAGGCUGAGUAUAUUGAGUAUCAAGCUGUCAUUUCUUCACUAUUCUGUUAAGUUAAAACUAUAGAUUAAUGCCAAGGAAGAGUUUAACUUUUUAAACUGUUAGGACCAUUUUAUGAUCUCUUUCCAUAGGAUAUUUUUUCUGUAACUUAGUGUUAGGUUAUUUUUCCCUACAGGCAAUGUUUGCACCAUCUAAAUAACUGUUUUGUUGCCUACAUCAGAUAGCAGUGUGGGAUACUGAGAACUUAUUGCUAUGGGUUUUGUGCAUGAAUUGCAUUUCCUCUCAACUAUGCCUCUCCUUUUUUAGCAUUAUACUUAAAUAGUGAUUAUUAGCUCUUAAGUAAGGAAAUCCCUACUUCAUCUUGGAGAAUGGCUGUCAUCUUGUAAGCUGAAUUAUCAACACCAUAAAUACUCAACUCUCCAUAUAGUGUAUAUUACAAUAGAAAUACUGCACCACAGGGUAUAAGGGCCUUUUAACAAUUCAUGUUAGAAAUGCCAGUUUUCCAAAGGUCAUGAAUGUUCUACAUUUGUAUUUCCAAAACUUGUUCAGGGAUGAAGUUGAAAGACUCUUAGCAAAGAAACAUACAAAA